AUGGCCGCCGCCGCCGCCGCCGCCGUGUCCGCUCCCCGGCGGCAAUGGCGGUACACGUGGGAAGCCCUAGCCCACCUCCCCCUCCUCCGCCUAUACCUCUUCCCCCGCCCCGCACUCUCCUCCCCCUUCCCCUCCGACCUCCGCGCCGACCUCCGACUCCAGGGUUCCCUCCUCCACCUCUCAUUCUCGCUGCCCGGGGAUGGUGCCGCCGUCGCGCUCAGGGUCCCCGUCCCGAAGGUGCUCGUCGACCCCUCCGCCCCCGUCGACUGCCGUGCCGCCGCCGCGGGGGACCACCUCGAGCUCCGCCUCGUGCUCGUCCUGCCCGUCGACCACCCCGUCGUCGCCGCCGCGUUCCCCCCGCCCGCCGGCGCGGAGCCUCCGGCUUCUCUAGCGCUGCGCGAUGAUUUGAAGAGUUUAUCUACUGGAGACGUUCACUUGUAUUGCAAAAGUUGUUCGUCAAGGUUGACAAAACAGCCACUAAGGAAAAUCAUGGAAAUGCCAUCUGUAGAUUGGGAAGAUGUGGCUGACAAUUGGUUUGGUGGAUGUUGCACCUCAUUUGGUGGUGCAGGCGAGAAACUCGUAUCUCAGUUUAUUAGUGCAUAUGGUCGUUUAGAGGGAACAAGUCUACUGGAUGCAACUGCCAUUACUGUAGAAACAGACUAUCUUGAAGCGGAUUUAGUGUCUCAGCUAGCUUGUUCGGUGCUUAGUAGAGAUUUUGUUGCUAUAAAAGAAGCUAUAUUUGAUGUUAGUGUAGAAAAAGAUCAUACCACUGGCAAGAUAAAGAUGAAUAAUUCAGAAGAGCAAGCAAAGAUCACAGCUACUCGUGCACAACUGCCUAUUAUUUUGGAAGAGGGGACUAGUGUUAGUAGUAGUGAAACAAAUGGAGUCAGUCCUCAGACUAAUCAGCCUGUCACUUCUCAGAUGGAAACUGAUACUGAUGUGUACUUUGAGAAGUCUGAAAAUGACUUCUGUGUUGAAAACAUGGGGAAAUCUAAGAAAGAGUUUGAUUUGUCGCUGGGAGAUCUGGGCCAUUGCUGUUGUGUCAAUGGAUCCAAUGGGAAAGCUGAAGAUAACCCUUCACAAAUGUCCUUGGGGAACGAGAAAAAGCAGAAUAUGUUGGAGAUUAAAAGGGAUUACAAAUUAACAAAAACCAUUUCUCUUGGUAGUAGCUUUGUUGUUAAAGCUUCUAACCUUUUGAAUGAUUUUGAGUGGGCUGAACUUUUUUGUGGUCGAUGUUCAUUACCUCUUGGUUCAUACCCUUCUCAGUGUUCGCUUGUUCCGGCUGAUGGCCGUGUACGACUCUUCAAGUGCUACACAUCUACAGAAAUUCCUGUAACAGGGCCUCGUGAUGUGUUUAGGGGACAUACAUUGGAAAGAGUUUUUGUGAAUCUGCUGCUCGAAGUCGCAGAAGACGAAAUAUCUUUUCGUACAGUAGUCAGAGAUUUGAAAACCAAAAGGCCCAUGCUGCAAUUAGUUCUUCUUAGCCCAAAAGCAUGGUUAUCUUCUGGCUGCUGCUAUGAAAAUGAUAUCAAUGGUUCACAUGGAACAGCAGACCUGCAGCCUAGUGUUAAACUCUUGUAUUCUGAUUAUAGCAAUGCUUCAGAAGGGGACUUAAGGAUUGUCGAAGAGUGGACAUCCAAAUAUCGGGCUGAAGAGCUGUACAUGAUGAAGCGUCAAAUAGAUGAACUUACUGAAUGCCUAAGCUCAGUAAUGGAUAACUUUCCAGUUUCUUGUUCUUCCCUUGAAGGGAUGCAGCUCUCAUCUCUUAGGCGCUGA